UCAAUGCAAGAAAUAGAAUACUUAGAAAAUUAAGUAUAUCCAAAACUUCAUACUGCUCUUGUAUAACUAAUAGAUCAUGUGGUAAAGACAGAAGAAGUAAGAAAGCAUUAAGAAAGAUUGAAGAAAAUAAAAAUAUUUGAUCGAAUUGAAUAAAAAAAAGUAGAGAAAUAAAGAUUGAAAAAUGAGUUAGGAUCAGCAUAUGAAUCCUCAUCCUAGGGUUCUGCUGAGAAUGAUGAUUUUGGUGGAAUGAGUUAAUAGCUUAUAAAAAACGAAGAAUCGAUAUUUCCAAUUAACAACUAAAUACAAGCUCCUACAGGAAUCUCCAUAGAUGAUCUGAGUCCUCAAGAAAUGAAAAAGGAAAUAAAUCUUGCAUUGAAUCAGAUUCAAGAAGAUCAAGAUGAUGAAGAAGCACCAGAUAAACAAGAAUUAUAGCAUUUAAAACAUUAAAUGAAGUAAUAAAGAGAGGCUUUAGAAUUUAAUCCAUUGAUCUAUUUAGCACAUUUAUUAAGAGAAUUGUAGAAAUGA